AUGCACUCUUCUAUUUACUUCUCUAUCAAACAUGGUUCUCGUACGAUUAACAUAAUAAGAACAAAAAAAGUGAUUAUCUAUCUAUCUAUCUAUCUAUCUAUCUAUCUAUCUAUCUAUCUAUCUAUCUAUCUAUCCGCUGGUUGCCUGUCCAAAGAUCUAUCUAUCUAUCUAUCUAUCUAUCUAUCUAUCUAUCUAUCUAUCUAUCUAUCUAUCUAUCUAAAAUGUGUUAUACAUUUCUUUGAAAUCCCGGCCGAUUCUCCUUCUGUCUUGAGUAUUUUUUUCAUUCCUGUCUUUCUCGGUAUAUUCGGCGAAUUCCGAUCAUGUCUGCAUAUUUGGUUAGAUUUGUGGCCAGCAGAGAAUUCUUUCUGGGCGCCAUUGAAAUGCUUUUGGUUUGAUCACGUGAUUACACCACCGUCAUAUUGGCUUACGCGACCUUGCAUUGCACUUGUGCGCGUGUCUCGAAUACUUGACUUUAUCUCUAUCCCGCAAUACCUUACCUAUUAUGUGUCUUUCUCCUUCCUUCCUUCCUUCCUUCCUUCCUUCCUUCCUUCCUUCCUUCCUUUGUUCGUCCGUUUUUCCUUCCUUCCUUCCUUCCUUCCUUCCUUCCUUCCUUCCUUCCUUCCUUUGUUUGUCCGUCCUUCCCUUCGUUCUUCUUUUCGUCCGUCCUUCAUUUCUUCCAUUAUUCGUCCGUCUGUCCUUCCUUUCGUCCUCCAUUUUUCCUUCGUCCUUCCUCCCUUCAUUUGUUCUUUUUUCCACCCUUCCAUUGUUCGUCUGUCCUCCCUUUGUUCGUCAUUCCUUACUUCCUUUCUUUUGUUCGCCCGUACUUUCUUCUUCCUUUUGUUCUUCCUUAUUUUUUCGUCCGUCCUUCCCUCCUUCCAUUGUUCAUCUGUUCUACUUUGUUCGUCCGUCCUUCCUUCCUUCCUUCCUUCGGUCGCCCGGUCUUCUUCAUUUUCUUCGUCCAUCCUUCCUUUCUUCCAUCAUUUGUUCGUCCUUCCUCCCAUUGUUCGUCCGCCCAUUCCUUGUUCGUCCGUCCUUCCUUUCUUCAUUUUUUCUUUCUUUCUUUUUCUUUCUUUCUUUCUUUCUUUUUUCUUUUCGUCCAUCCUUCCUUUGUUCGGCCGUCCUUCCUUUUCUUUUUUCUCUUUCCUUUUUAUUUUCCUUCCAUUUUUUUCGUCCAUUUUUUCUUCCGUCCGUCCUUCUUCUUUCCUUCCUUCCUCUUUCUUCUGUAUUUUCUUUUACAUUGUUUAUUCUUCAAUUAUAAUCAUUCAUUCUUUUUUCUUUUUUUUACUUUACUUGCUUUUGUUUGCUUUAUUUUUUCUUUCUUCGUUUCUAUUUUAUUUGAAUUAUUUUGCUUCAUCUUUCACAACGUUGUUUUCAUUACUAACCUUCAAACUUUUAACGUUCAUCCAUCUGCUUUUAUAUUUCAUUUUAAUUCCUCUUUAUACCUUCUUCACCAAACAUCUUUUUCUUCUUCUUUCAUUAAUUCUAUUUUACGUUGUUCCUUUAUCUCUGCUUUUUUUUACAACUUUUGUUAUUUUUUCUUUCUUUCGUCUUUCUUUCAUUCCCAUAUUUAUUUCUUCCUUUUUAUUUGUAUUUCUCUUUCUUUCAAUAAGAUUUCUUUCUCCCAAAGAGACGCUCCUGAAAAUCGUUGCAACAUUUUUCAUGCUAAAUUCAAUUAGAAUCAUUUAUUCACCAAUGAAUUGGAUGUCAGAUUAUUGUCAAACACAUUCCGCCUCUCCUGCUAUCUCUCUCUUCUUUUACUCCCACUCUCUACACUCUCUUCUCUUCCCCUACCUCAACAUUUUAGAAUGUCACUUAUUUAUUAUCUCUUCAAUGUGUAAACUUUUUUUAUGGUCCGUUCAGAGGGAAUGUUUGCUUGGAUCUACGAAUGUAUGUAGUCUGAAAGCUUUCCAAAGACGAUCCAUUUCCUCUAUCAACUCAGUGUCAUUCCUAAUCCCUGGUUUAGCCAUUGUGACAGACGUAAGCGUAGGUAUCUAUUUAUCUUCGGGCGAGCGUAUGCAGCGAUAUGUAACAGUAAAAUAG